AGAGUUUCCGCUUUCGCUCUUUUCCGACGGUGACGACCUCCCCAUGAGAACAUGCCUCUCGCAAAGGAUCUCCUUCAUCCCUCUCCAGAAGAGGAGAAGAGGAAACACAAGAAGAAGCGCCUGGUGCAGAGCCCCAAUUCCUAUUUCAUGGAUGUGAAAUGCCCAGGAUGCUAUAAAAUCACCACCGUCUUUAGCCAUGCACAAACAGUAGUUUUGUGUGUUGGCUGCUCUACCGUCCUCUGCCAGCCUACAGGAGGAAAAGCAAGGCUUACAGAAGGGUGCUCUUUCAGACGGAAGCAGCACUAAAAGCCCCUGGAAUCAAGAUGAAUGGGAAACCAUCCGAAUAAACACAUUUUGGAUA